AUGUCAGAUAGUCUCUGCCCUGCUUACGCACCAAUCUUUGGUGUUUUAGGUUGUACCGCUGCUAUUGUGUUUACCUGUUUUGGUGCUGCAUAUGGAACCGCUAAGGCGGGAGUAGGCCUUUCGGCUAUGGGUGUUCUGCGCCCAGAUUUAGUGAUGAAAGCCAUUGUUCCGAUUGUUAUGGCUGGUAUUAUUGGUAUUUAUGGAUUGGUGGUGUCUGUUCUUAUCUCGGAUGGUUUGAAACAAAAAAUGCCAUUAUAUACUUCAUUUAUUCAACUUGGAGCCGGUCUAAGUGUUGGACUUGCAGGUUUGGCUGCUGGGUUUGCCAUUGGGGUGGUGGGUGAUGCGGGUGUACGUGCAUUAGCACAGCAACCACGUUUAUUUGUUGGAAUGAUUUUGAUUCUUAUUUUUGCUGAAGUUUUGGGUCUUUAUGGAUUGAUUGUGGGUUUGAUUUUAAACACUAGAGGCGGAAGCGAUGUCUCAUGUUAA